AUGAUAAUAAAAGUUUACAAUUUUAAAUUUCUUUUAUACCUUAUAACGGCAUAUUUAUUAAUUAGAUAUUUAUCAAAUAUUCGUAAUUUCAAUGAAGUAUUUGAAAAAAAUAACAAUUUUUAUCAAUUCAAAGAUAAAUAUUUUAGGAUAUUUAACAAUAGCAAAAUAAAAUAUCUGAUUGAACCUAACAUUGAAUCCUUUAAAUUUCAUUCCAAUAAGCUUGUUUUAGUGAUCACAAUAUUCACAAAGGCUGAGGAUUUUGGAUUGAGAAAAAAAAUACGAGAAAUAUGGGUCCAGAAUUUGUUAGAUCUAAGUCAAGACUAUAAAUUACUCUAUGAAUCCCAAUUUCCGAGGAAUGAAUCGAGAUAUUUUCUUUUGAAUGAUAUUAUUACAAAAUAUAGCUUUAUAUACUUUGAAAAAAAAAAUUUCCCCCCUAGAAUAAAAUUAUUAUUCGUGAUCGGUUUUUCUGACAAAAUUAUUAUUCAAAAGAAAAUUAAAAAUGAAUCUAGAGCGUUCGAUGACAUAUUGCAAGGAUCAUUUUUGGAUACGUAUAAAAAUUUAUAUAUUAAAACAGGAACCAUGUUGAACUGGUUGGGAGAAAAUUGCAGAGGGGUGGAUUUCAUACUUAAAUUAGAUGCCGACAUCAAGGUUAACGUCCAUGUUUUGUCAGCUAUGCUUUUAUAUAUUCAUUAUUGGAGUAUUAAAAGGGAAAACAAUAUCCGAUUAAUGCAAGAACUUUUUACGAAUACAAAUGAACUUGAUAUAAAAAUUCAUAAAAACGAUUCCUAUGUCCAACUCGAAAAAGAUUUUCUGUAUUGUAGUAUAUGGGAUAAAAUGCUAGUCAUUCGUGACCCGAAGCAAAAAAACUUCGUUAGUAUAACAAAUUUUCCUUUCAAAUAUUAUCCACCGUAUUGUAGUGGAUGGGCAUACAUUUUGAAACCGUAUAUCGCAAAAAAACUCUACAGACAAAGUUUAAAAUAUUUAUACAGUUCGAUACCAAAUGAAGAUGCAUUAUGGACCGGGAUUAUUGCUUCGAAUGCUAAUAUUAAAAUAAAAGCCCUUAACGAGUACUAUACCUAUAAAAAUAUAAAGCUAUCCACCUUGAUGAAUAAUCAAGAAUUAUAUCGUGAUUUAUCAUUGAAAAGAUUUAUCACAAGUUAUCUUAAAUUACAUAAAGAGCCCUUAACAGCGGCACUCUUUUCAUCAAAUAGCUAGAAGUAUAUACACACCGAUUUAAAGUUAUAAAAUAGGUUUUAUUUACAAAUUGAUCCAAGUAAAAGUAACUAUAUUUAUUUAAAUAUUUGAUUUAAGGCAGCACCAAUAGACUCCCUAUUAUUAUUAACCAAUCCAUUGUUAAACCAACCAAACCAAUAUCAAUUAAUUGGGAAACAGAACAUUUUCCUUUUUUAAAGAUUUUAUUCAUUAUAAAUAUAUAAUAGUUUGUAAUUAAUUUUUCUCAUCUAUGCGUCUUACUCUCUAUGUGAUAUCUGUGAGAAAAUUUUUAGACUAUUCGGAAUAAGCUAAACUGAAAAGUUUAAAUUAGUCAAUAGUCAUUUAUAAUUCUACAAAACACUUUCUUUCUUUUUUUUUACUUUUUAUUUUUGUAAUGGUCAUUGUUGUGUUUUUUUUCUUUCUUUCUUUCUAUAAAGCCAUUAAUUUAUUUGACAUUAUGAGCAAUUUUCUCGAGCCAAUAUGUUAGGUUUAAAAUUGAUUUAUACUUUUAUUAGUAAAUACAAAUAAAUAACUUGAUUAUUUAACAAUUUUAUAUAACAUAAUA